CGUUUCUUUCACUUUUUAUAUCAAAACAAAAGUGCGACAAAAAUCAUCAAAGUUAGAACAAAAAGUGAAAUAUUUCAAGCUGAAAUUGAUAACUAGUUCAGCCUAGAAUGGAAGUGACGAGAUUGAAUUUCAAGGAAGUUUUACCCGUAAUUUCUAACGCCAUAGAAGACUCGUCGUUCAUUGCAAUUGAUGCUGAAUUCUCUGGAUUGACCGCUAGGAAACGCGAGAAUGCUAUGGACACGUGUGACGAACGAUAUCAAAAACUUAUCAAUGGCAUUAAAGACUUCACUAUUGUGCAGUUUGGUAUAUGUACUUUUAGCUGGGACGACGAACAGCAACAGUAUAUAGCUAAACCUUUUAACUUUUAUAUAUUUCCAAAACCUUACAACAGGCAAAUGCCAGAUAUGAGAUUUUUAUGUCAAAGUUCGAGCCUUGAUUUCUUGGCUGGGCAAGGGUUUGAUUUCAACAAGUGGAUCACCCAGGGUGUACCGUUUCUUUUGCCACCAGACGAGGGUCGGCUUCGACGGAUGGUGGGCGCAUACCACGAUCAAGCCACGCCCAACGGUGCUCCUUCCACGCCGGAAACAGAGAAGGCGAUACCCAUUCCACCUGCAUUUGAAAAAACAGUCGAACUGAUUAUGAAGAAAGUUGAGAAAUUUAUUGAAGAUCCUGAGCAGAAAUUGUUAAGUUUGCCGCCAUCGAGCCCCUUGGUGCGUAAGCUGGUUUAUAGCUCUGUUAAAGCUGCUCAUAAAACCGGACUUCAUUUAGAAUCCAAAACGAACGAAGAUAAGGAUAAAUUCAUAAUGAUCACCAAAUGCUCGGAACAAGAAAAGAAGGAUUUGGAAAACCAGAAGUUUGAUAAGGAACAAGUCGAGGUUGAACAAGCAGUUGGGUUUGCGAAAGUGAUACGCCUUCUUUCGAAGUCAGGGAAAGUUAUUCUGGGUCAUAAUAUGUUGUUGGAUCUUUUGCAUAUGAUACGAUUAUUUGUCGCCCCACUGCCGAACAAUCUUGAUGAGUUCAAAGCUCUCGUUAAGGGCAUUCUACCAAGACUAAUCGAUACUAAAGUCAUGGCAAGUACCGAACCUUUGCAAGGCUACUUUCCACUUUCCCAUCUCCAGGAAGUCUACAAGAAAAGUUCAGAAGCUCCAUUUGUGAAGCCAAAUGUGUUGUUCACAGAGGAAUUUGAAGACUACUCCAACAGCUCGAAGGCUCAUGAAGCUGGCUUUGACGCUUACAUGACCGGGGUAGCAUUUAUUGCAAUGGCCUCCUUCCUGGAGAAACAACGUGAUGGCAGCAUGCCUUGUGCAGAAAUGGAUUUUGACAUUAUCAAACCGUUUUUGAACAAAAUCUUUCUUUUUCCACGAAUGGAAGACAUUCCGUAUCUUAUCCUGGACGGUAAGGACUUGACUCCGAGCCGGGAUCAUGUUUUUCACAUUGAACACCCGGACAAUUGGCAGUUCUCGGAUAUCCAGAAACUGUUCAAGGAUUUUGGGUAUGUUUACAUUACAAAGGUUAACGGGAGUUCAGCAUUUGUUUCCGUUGCGAAGCGUGAACGAGCAACCAAGGUUAUGCAGAAGUUGGAUAAAGAUAAUUUACCAUACAGAAUUCAGACGUACAAGAAGUACCAUGGUAUUGAUGGUGAUGAUGAUGGUGAUGAUGAUCUUGCCCUUGAUGGUGGUGGCGAUGUUAAAGAUGAUAUAGAUGGUAAAGAUGGUAUAGAUGGCCAUGGUUCAUCACUCAAUCAAAGUUCUACCUCCACACCAAGUUUCGACACUCCCAGUAAAACACCAGAAACCGUCUCAUCCAAGCGAUCGAAAGAUGAUGUUUCUUCAUCCGAGGUUGAGGAAGGCGAGCUUCCUGACUCACCCGAACCAGCAAAGAAGAAACUAAAAGGUCAGCAUACCUAUUUUGAAGAGCCUAAUGAGUGGUAGUAUUGUUAAGAGUUAAGACGUAAACAUAUGCAAAUUACAUUGUAGCUCUGUGCUAAUUAUGGCAAGAAGUAAGAAUUUGACUAUAAAAUAAUGUGAUAAAAUACACUUGCUUAUAUACAUGUUAUAAAACUCUUAAUCACUUUUUAAUCACUAUUUUGUAGUUAAAUAGUGAUUAACUCUCAAAUAGGCGCUUCUUAUUGGAUGACGUUUGCAC